AUGGCUCCCGAGUACGUUACCAGCCUUUUAAGAAUUGUACGGCCAGCUCACGUAACGGCGAUGGCAGGUAAUACGGUAUUUCUUCCAUGUGAAACUCAGCCCAGUGCUCAAGACAAGGUGGAGAUGGUGCUGUGGUUCAAAAAGGCUAAUGGGCAACCUAUUUACACUUAUGAUGUGCGCGGGCGCCCAAUGAGUCAGCCGAUAUCGUCAUUCAGUGCAAUUGGUACUCGAGCCUACUUCCACGCCACGACCACCCCUGCUAUUCUUUUAUUGGAACAUGUGACUCCAGCAGAUAAUGGAAUUUACCGGUGUCGUGUAGACUUCCUAACUUCACCAACACGAAAUUAUAGCUUUAAUUUGACAGUCAUAACUCCACCGAAUCAACCGACUAUAAUUGAUGCAAGGACGCAGGACUCAAUUCGUUUGUUGGAACCAUAUAAUGAAGGAGACACGAUCGAGCUAUUGUGUGAAGUAAAUGGAGGAAAUCCACGGCCACGUCUCAUAUGGUAUUUAGAAAACACAAUAAUAGAUGAGACGUUUGAAGAAGAGGACAAUGGAGUUACCAGCAAUGCAUUAACAUUCCCAAGAUUGGGACGAGAGCAUCUUAAUGCUAGGCUUAGUUGUCAGGCCUCCAACACAAACUUAUCGUCACCGCCGAGCAAACUUCUUAUCCUGAACAUUAACUUGAGGCCUCUAAGUGUGCAGAUAGUGAGGAAACAAGAACAGCUUUCUGCUGACCGAAGUUAUGAUGUGGAAUGCAUCGUAACUGGGUCUCGUCCUGCACCCCAAAUUACCUGGUGGAUAGGUUCGAAGCCUCUAAGAGAUAAUGUCAUAAAUUUUUCACAGUCAAACUUGACCCGAAGUGUGCUGCAGCUAGUGCCAAAAGCACAAGAUCAUGAAAGAAUGCUGAUUUGCCGUGCUGAGAAUCCUCAUCUCAGGGCAAAGAGCCUUGAGGACACAUGGAAAUUAGCCGUUCAAUAUGUACCAAUAGUCAGCCUCAAAAUGAGUUCUAGCAAUAACUCGAAUCACAUCACGGAAGGAGAUAACGUUUACUUGGAAUGCACUGCACGAGCCAAUCCUCGUCCUAGUAAAUUCUUUUGGUUCAAACAGGGUAUACAAUUAGAGCAAGACACCAGCGCAGGGGUUUUUGUAAGCGAGCAAAGCCUGGUGCUGCUAAAUGUCAUUCGCAACGGUUCCGGAGAGUAUAAAUGUGCAGCACAGAACGAUGAAGGAAAAGCUACAAGCAACCCAGUUAAUUUACAAGUUAGAUGGCAGUAA